AUGGAGCAGUUUGCUGUUUUAGUUAACUGGAAGAAGUUAGAAUUCGGCCCUGGUGAUGUCCGGUGCAGCCCGGAGAGCAGAGGGGCUGGUUGGUGUAGCCUAGCGUGGCAGCUGGCUUGGAGGAAAGCCUUGCUGAAGAGCCAUCUCACGGCAGAUCCCGGAGAGGAUGGGGCUUGGCGCGUAGGCGGAGGUAGUUACUGGUUUUGCCAGUGCGAGGAUUUGCUUACAAUCAAAUACGUGACCAUGGGGGAUAUGAAGACCCCAGAUUUCGAUGACCUUCUUGCAGCCUUUGACAUACCAGACAUGGUUGAUCCAAAAGCAGCUAUUGAAUCUGGACAUGAUGACCAUGAAAGCCACAUAAAGCAAAAUGCUCACACAGAUGAAGAUUCUCAUGCCCCAUCAUCAUCUGAUGUUGGUGUGAGUGUCAUUGUGAAAAAUGUGCGUACGAUUGAUUCUUCCGAAGGAGUGGACAAGGAUGGCCACCAUUCCACAGGCAAUGGCUUGCAUAAUGGCUUUCUAACGUCAUCAGCUCUUGAUAGUUACAGUAAAGAUGAAGGGAAGUCACUUAAAGAUGAUGGGUCAGCUUCUGAGACUACGUUGAAGGAUUCAGCUUUCAACCAGUUUAGCCCAAUAUCAAGUGCUGAAGAAUUUGAUGAUGAUGAAAAAAUUGAGGUGGAUGACCCUCCAGAUAAAGAGGAGAUGCGUGCAAAUUUCAGAGCAAAUGUCUUGGCAGGAUCUGUAUCUCAGCAGGAAUAUGACAAACUAAAGGCACUUGCCGGGGAGAACUUGAUUAAAUCUGGAAUCCCAGUUUCAAGUAGUAUAGAUAAAAAUAAAGUUGCUAAACGAGAGGCAGAGACAAACUCCAUGAAUUUAGGUGUCUAUGAGCCUUUUAAAGCUCGAAAAACAGAGGACAAAUUGCUAAAAGACAAUUCUGAGAAGCUCCUUGAAAACAGGGUACUUGAUGGAAAACUGAGUACUGAAAAAAGUGAAACAAAUCUCGCCAGCAUUUCACAGUCCAAAGCAAAGUCAUCAGCAAAACUUUCUUCAUGCAUUGCUGCAAUCGCAGCACUGAGUGCUAAAAAGGCAGCUACAGAUACCAGUAAAGAUUUACAGUCUAAUUCAGGAGAAUCUUCUCCAUUACCAAAAGACAUGAGUGAAAGUCCCCGGGCUAUUGAAAAAUCACCCGAAUCUCAGAGUCUCAUUGAUGGUGCUAAAAAGCCAUCUAUCAAACCACCUGAUAGUCCCAGAAGUGUAUCAAGUGAAAACAGUAGCAAAGGGUCUCCAUCUUCUCCUGCAGGGUCAACACCAGCAAUUCCUAAAGUUCGCAUAAAAACCAUCAAGACUUCUUCGGGGGAGAUCAAGAGAACUGUUACUAGAGUGUUGCCAGAAGUUGAUUUGGACUCUGGUAAAAAGCCAGAGCAGACUGCUUCUAUGGUCACUUCCAUGACAUCUCUCCUGUCCUCACCAACUUCCGCUGCUGUUCUUUCCUCUCCUCCUAGAGCUCCUCUCCAGUCCACAGUUGUCACCAAUGCAGUUGCAUCUGCAGACCUUGCACCAAAACAGGUCACUAUCAAACCUGUGGCUACUGCCUUUCUACCUGUUUCAGCAGUUAAAACAGCAGGUUCACAAGUUAUUAAUUUGAAGCUUGCUAACAAUACUACAGUGAAAGCCACUGUAAUAUCUGCUGCUUCAGUGCAGAGUGCCAGUAGCGCCAUUAUAAAAGCUGCCAAUGCUAUACAACAGCAGACUGUUGUGGUGCCAGCAUCAAGCCUUGCCAGUGCUAAACUUGUGCCAAAGACAGUCCAUCUUGCCAACCUUAAUCUUCUGCCUCAAGGUGCUCAAACCACCUCUGAACUCCGCCAAGUGCUAACGAAACCUCAGCAGCAAAUAAAGCAGGCAAUAAUAUCUGCAGCAGCCUCACAGCCUUCUAAAAAAGUGUCUCGAGUCCAGGUGGUGUCAUCUCUACAAAGUUCUGUAGUGGAAGCAUUCAAUAAGGUGCUGAGUAGCGUCAAUCCUGUACCAGUUUACAUCCCAAACCUUAGUCCCCCUGCCAAUGCCGGAAUAACGUUACCGACACGAGGUUACAAGUGUUUGGAGUGUGGCGACUCAUUUGCUCUUGAGAAGAGCUUGACCCAGCAUUAUGACAGGAGGAGUGUGCGAAUUGAAGUGACAUGUAAUCAUUGUACAAAAAAUUUAGUUUUCUACAAUAAAUGCAGUCUUCUUUCCCAUGCUCGUGGACACAAGGAAAAGGGAGUUGUAAUGCAGUGUUCACACCUGAUUUUAAAACCAGUCCCAGCAGAUCAAAUGAUAGCAUCUCCUUCAAGCAAUACUGCUACAUCUAUGCUUCAAAGCCCUGUGGGAGUUGGCACACAUACUGUAACAAAGAUACAGUCUGGCAUAACUGGGACAGUAAUAUCAGCCCCAGCAAGUACACCUGUCAUUCCAGCUAUGCCACUAGACGAAGAUCCAUCAAAACUCUGUAGACAUAGUCUAAAGUGUUUGGAGUGUAAUGAAGUUUUCCAAGAUGAGACAUCUCUUGCAACUCAUUUCCAGCAGGCUGCAGACACAAGUGGACAAAAGACAUGCAAUAUCUGCCAGAUGCUGCUUCCUAACCAGUGCAGUUUUGCAUCACACCAGAGAAUUCAUCAGCAUAAAUCUCCAUACACGUGUCCUGAAUGUGGAGCAAUCUGCAGAUCUGUCCACUUCCAGACUCAUGUCACUAAGAACUGCCUGCAUUAUACCCGAAGAGUUGGUUUUCGCUGCGUGCAUUGCAAUGUUGUAUACUCUGAUGUGGCGGCACUCAAGUCUCACAUUCAAGGUUCUCACUGUGAAGUCUUUUACAAGUGUCCUAUCUGUCCCAUGGCAUUUAAAUCUGCUCCCAGCACACACUCCCAUGCCUAUACACAACACCCGGGUAUCAAGAUAGGCGAACCAAAAAUAAUAUAUAAAUGCUCUAUGUGUGACACUGUGUUUACUCUACAACCUUUGCUCUAUCGCCACUUUGAUCAGCACAUUGAAAACCAGAAGGUGUCUGUUUUCAAGUGUCCAGACUGUUCUCUUCUAUAUGCACAGAAACAGCUUAUGAUGGAUCAUAUCAAGUCUAUGCAUGGAACUUUGAAAAGUGUUGAGGGGCCACCAAACCUGGGGAUAAAUCUGCCUCUCAGUACUAAACCCACAACUCAGAACUCAACCAGUCACAACAAAGAGGAUACAAAAUCUGUCAACGGAACAGAAAAGUUGGAGAAGAAAUCUGCUUCUCCUAUAAAGAAAGCAGAGCCUAAAAAAGUUGCUAAUCCUGGCUGGACGUGUUGGGAGUGUGAUAGGCUCUUCACUCAGAGAGACGUUUACAUCUCUCACAUGAGGAAGGAACAUGGAAAGCAAAUGAAGAAACAUCCAUGUCGACAAUGUGACAAAUCUUUCAGUUCAUCCCAUAGUUUAUGUCGUCACAAUCGUAUCAAGCACAAAGGCAUUAGGAAGGUUUAUACAUGCUCGCACUGCCCAGAUUCAAGACGUACUUUUACCAAGCGGUUGAUGUUGGAAAAACACAUUCAGUUGAUGCAUGGCAUUAAAGACCCUGAUGUGAAAGAAAUGACUGAAUCAACCAAUAUGGAAGAAAGGGAAGUAAAAGAAGACGCAAAGGUUCCUAGUCCAAAGCGUAAAUUGGAAGAACCUGUACUGGAAUUCAGGCCUCCACGAGGUGCAAUCACUCAGCCAUUGAAAAAGCUGAAGAUAAAUGUUUUUAAAGUUCACAAGUGUGCUGUUUGUGGCUUUACAACAGAAAAUCUUCUCCAGUUUCAUGAACAUAUUCCUCAGCAUAAAUCUGAUGGCUCUUCAUACCAAUGCAGGGAAUGUGGACUCUGCUACACAUCUCAUGUGUCCCUCUCCAGACAUCUCUUCAUUGUACAUAAGCUGAAGGAGCCUCAGCCAGUAUCAAAACAAAAUGGGUCUGGGGAGGAUAAUCAGCAAGAAAAUAAACCCAAUCAUGAGGAUGAAUUAUCUGACAGUACGGCAUCAGACAGAAGAUGCAAAGUGUGUGCAAAGACUUUUGAAACUGAAGCGGCCUUAAACACUCACAUGAGAACACAUGGCAUGGCCUUCAUUAAGUCAAAAAGAAUGAGUUCGGCUGAAAAGUGAUGAGAUUAUUUGGGACGCAAUCUCUCUCCAUAUUGGAAUACUAAUGACAUUUUUGCUACAGAAAGUUCAAGGUAUAAUAGUGUUAACAGUACUGUUCAGGCUGUUGCAAUAUAUUCUGCAUAAAAAUGUCCCCUUCACCUCAUUGUCUAUACCCUCAAAACCAUUGAAGCAGUAUUUGAGUUGAAAAGAGUUUGUAUAUAUUCAAACUAAUAACUUUUAUACUCUUUGUUAUGUGUUUGUAUUGGUAUCUAGUGGAAAAUUGGGUUUUUCUGUUUUGUUUCUGUUUUUUUUCUAGUAAGUUUCUUUAAAGCAGAGUUCUGAAUGCUGGGGCAGUUCCU